AUGGUUAGCAUAACAAUAGGUAGGUGAUAUGUAAGAGUAGAGAACUGUGAGGUAGAUGGCACUUUAUCAAUAGAAACUGUGGUACGUGAUAUGUAUAAGGUGUACUAGAGCAAAUUAUGUAUAGUAUGUUGUCGUACUGGGAAUCACAUUUGGGAGGUGAUGUGUCUGUCACAAAUGUCACAUUUUAUUUGUCUACACAUAGUUUGGAUAGGAUUACAUUGCACUUUUACUAUAGUAGAAAGGUUAUAUUUUUGUGGUUUUUUGAUUUUUGAUGACUAGAAUAUGACUUGAGUUUGUGUCAUUGCAUAAGUACAGUAGACUUUUGUUAUAACGCCUAGCUUAAGUUGCACUACCUUGUCCGACUACAUUCUACUCUACUUUACACUACCUUAACCUACUCUACCUUAACACCAUACCUUGCUCUGCUUUAUAUUAUCUUACCUUACCGUAGACCACCCACCCAACCGAGUCUCAUAGUACUUAUUAACAUAUCUAACGACUGUCACCAUAGUAAACAUAUUUAUAUUUCAGGAAAAACACGAGCAGUUACUGAAAGAAGAAGGCCAAAUUGUACAGAAAGGAUUGGAGGUUACAAAACAAUUACUCAAAUGGUACGAAGACCGCAUCCAAAGCCUGGAGAAGCGAAAGCGAAUGCUAAAUAAGGGCAUGGUGGCAUUGGUAAGUAAUAUAAUGUAUUUUUAUGGCAUUAUAUUACCCUUAACAUAUGAUUUUUAAUUUUUGCUACGACAGUUGCUCUAUCUGCCUAGAAGGCUCAUCUAACAGAAAACAAAGAGCAGAAGCACAUUUUAUAUUAUAUAAUAUAAUACAUAACCUACACCCUAAUCUAUAACAAUGCCAUUUAUAAUGUUGCAGGACUCGGCCGUGCACGAGCAAAAGCUCAACUUCCAACGUGCCCAAAUCACGGCAUUAAACAGGCGAAUGUGCACAUUAAUGGCAUUCAACGAAAAGGGCUUUCCAUCCCAUGACAAUCUACAACACAUUCGGAAUCCAGUAAAACCUCCAGAGAACUCGAAUUACUCUGUCGUCGAACAACCAGCAACAACAGCGAUGCAACUUCUGAAACAGAACAAGAAGCUGGCAGAAGAAUUAGAAGCCAAAAGUAGACAGAUCGACAUUUUACAGAGAGAGAAGAGGCUACAGGACUUGAGGGACAUCGAGAAACAGAGAAAUUGCAAUAAACGGUAAGUAUGGGCCAUAUAUGGGUAUUACAUUUUUGAAAUUCUUGUUAAAAAAUUUUGAAAAUCUUAUGAAUUUUUAGUUGGUAAUGCCAAAAAUGGCAAAAAACGUUAAAAUGCGAAAAUUUUUAAGAAAAAAUUCUUAAAAUAAAAAAAAAAUUUUAAUUUUUGGAAUUGAAAUUCAGUUCCUUAUGGCUAGGUUUUACACAACAACUUUCUUUUACUAAACAAUGUACUAAAAGUGAUCACAAAUUUCUGGCCUACCUAUUAUAAUAUUUCAGAGACGUUCCCAACUACAUUCACCGCCCAGCCGCUUUGGUAAGACCAGCCGUGGCUACAAAAAACUACUCACAAAUCCCAUUGAAGGUUCAUGAUACUUUACUGUGA